AUGGCGUUUUCUUCGUCUACCUCCUCUCUCAAGAUUGAGAGUCUUCUCGGCAUGCUUACCAUACGCUUGAGCGAUGACAACUAUCUGAAGUGGAGCGAUCAGCUUGAGUCAGUGUUACAAGGCUACGACCUCUUUGGAUAUCUUGAUGGAUCUGUGUUUGCUCCUCUGAAAUUUGCGAUUUUGGAUGAGGAAGGUGUUACCUCUGAAGUCACCGCUGCUUACAAAGACUGGCUGCAUACUGAUAAAGCUCUCCUGAGUCUGCUGAUUGCUUCUCUCUCCGAUGAAGCUCUUCAGUAUGUCAUUGGAAGUCGCACUGCUCGUGAGGCCUGGCUUAAUCUUACGGAUCGCUAUGCUUCAGUUUCUCGAGCACGUAUCAAUCACCUGAAGACUGAAAUGCAGACAACGCAGAAGGGUGGUGACUCGAUUGAACGAUUCCUUCUGCGUUUGAAGCAUAUUCGUGAUCAAUUGCAUUCUGCUGGUGUGAAGAUUUCUGAUGACGAUUUUGUCAUCGCUGCUCUCAAAGGUUUGCCGCAGGAAUAUGAUAUCAUCAAAACGGUGUUAAUUGCUCGGGAUACUUCACUUUCUCUCAGAGACUUCCGCGCUCAACUUCUUGUUGCUGAGCAAACCGCUGAGGCCAGGGUUGUGACACAUUCUGCAAUGUUUACUUCUCAAUCUGCUCCGAAUUCACAAUUUGUUCCUAGGUCUGCAAGCUAUGGUCCUUCGUCUGGUCAAGGCUUGCUUCCUACACCGGUGCAGGGUUCGGUUGGCUAUGUUGGCUCUAACACACGGUUUUCUGGUCCUUGUCCUAAUUUCAACGGCAAUUCUGGUCGUGGUGGUUUUGGUUCUAGUAAAUUUGGUUCAUCUCAAUUCCGUCUUUCCUCUGCUGGAUUUCGCAAUGGUUUCUCUACCAAAAAAUUUGCAGUUCCAGAGUGUCAAAUUUGCAGUAAGCGUGGGCAAACUGCUGCUAAUUGUUACCAUCGCCAUUCUUCUCCUAAUCCUACUGCUUCUUCUGUGAUAAUUGAGUGUCAAAUUUGUGGUAAGAAGGGGCAUGGUGCUUUGGAUUGUUACCACCGCUCCAAUUAUGCAUUUCAAGGUCAAUCUCCUCCUUCAUCCUUGACUGCAAUGACUGCUCAGACUACCUACAAUCCUAAUCAAGUAUGGAUAGCUGACAGUGGUGCUACACAUCACAUGGUCUCUACUCUCGAUCAUCUGAAUAAUGUGGCUGCUUGUGAUUCUGCUGAGAAUGUGACUGUUGGCAAUGGGGAAGGUUUGCAAAUCCGUCAUAUAGGAACUGCUAAGCUUUCUUCUUUAACUCUUCCAUCCGUGUUUCAUGUUCCACAUCUCACGGCUAAUCUCUUAUCUGUGCAUCAACUGUGUAAAGAUAACAAUUGCAAUAUUAUCUUUGAUGUUUCUGGAUUUUAUAUACAGGACAAGCUCACCAAGAAAAUUCUGCUCCAAGGCAAGAGUAGCCAGGGGCUUUAUCCAAUACCAGUGUCUCUGCAAUCUUCAGUUUCUGUACCGUCUCCCAUACAACAGUCUCAGCGGUCUGUGUCUCCGUCAGUUGCAUUUCUUGGUCAGUUUCAUGCCAUGCUUGUUACUCAGUUUGCUGCUUCUGUCAAGUGUUUGCAAAGUGAUGGGGGAGGGGAGUUUACUAGUAGGUUGUUCACUGAUUAUUUGGCUUCUAAGGGCAUUGAACAUCAAUUAUCCUGUCCAUACACUCCUCAGCAAAAUGGUUUAGCUGAGAGGAAGAAUAGACAUCUUAUUAAAACCUCUAUUACUCUUUUGACUGCUGCUCAUCUUCCUAGUCAGUUUUGGUUUCAUGCCGUUGCUCAUGCUGCGUAUUUGAUUAAUAGGAUGCCUAGUAAAGGUUUGGAUCUUCAGUCUCCCUAUUAUAGACUUUUUGGCUUGGUUCCUGAUAUCACACAUGUUAAGGUGUUUGCCACUGCAAUUUAUCCAUAUUUGAGACCUUAUACUGAGCAUAAGCUUCAACCUCGCACAGCUCAGUGUGUUUUUCUUAGAUAUGCACCAGGUUAUAAAGGUGUCAUUUGUUAUAAUCCUUUCACAGGCAAAUUGGUGAUAUCUAGGCAUGUUAUCCAUGAUGAAACUUGUCAUCCUUUUAAGAGGCUUCCAGCAUCUAUUUCUUCGGUUCCACUUCUCAUUCCUGUGACAACUUCUGCUACUCCUAAUUCUGUACAAGGUGCUGAUAAUUUGGCAUAUGAUCCUGCAGCCUCUGAUCCUGCAGACACUAGUCCUUCCAUUUCUCAUGCGGUAUCUCCUUCAGAUUCUAUAGCAUCUGUUUUAAAUGCUCAUCAAUUACAAGUCCUUGUGCCUGCCAUUUCUGCAUUUGAUGUUAAUUCAUCUUCUGUCUCUGAUAUAUCUGCACUUUCUGUUCCAUCUAGUAAUACACAUCCUAUGCAAACUCGGGCUAAGAAUGGAAUUAGCAAACUGAAACCUUUUUCAGAUUAUCAAUGUUACCAUACUACCAUUCCUAUUAUUGCUGCAGAUGAUGAACCUUCUUCUUAUCGCAUAGCUGCUCAAUCUCUUGCUUGGGUUAAAGCAAUGCAUGAAGAACUUGAAGCAUUACAAAUGUAUAAAGCUCGUUUAGUGGCACAAGGAUUCAGCCAACAACAGGGUCUGGAUUUUAGUGAAAAUUUCAGCCCAGUUGUCAGACAUACAACUGUGAGACUGAUACUUAGUUUGGCAGCCAUGAAUAAGUGGAGUUUGCGCCAGUUAGAUGUUAAGAACGCAUUUUUACAUGGUGAUCUGGAAGAGGAAGUUUACAUGCGGCAGCCUCCAGAUGAUAUUAUUUUGACUAGUUCAAGUCCUCAGUUGGUUCAAACAGUUAUUGAUGAUUUAGGAGUUGUAUUUGACAUGAAAGACAUGGGCAGACUUGCUUAUUUUUUAGGUCUUCAGGUGUCUUAUGAUUCCACAGGAGGUAUCUUUGUUCAUCAAACCAAGUAUGCUCAGGAGUUGUUAAAUAAAGCAGGGAUGACCAAUUGUAAAGCUUGUCCAACUCCUUGCAAGCCACAUAAUCAGGUAUUAAGAACAGAGGGGCAGCCAUUAACUGAUCCAACUUUGUAUCAGAGUCUUGUAGGUGCCUUACAGUAUUUGACAUUCACAAUGCCUGACUUGUCAUAUUCUGUCAAUACUGUUUGUCAGUAUAUGACUACACCUACAGAAGCACAUUUUGAUUUGGUCAAACGUAUAUUAAGGUAUAUUCAAGGUACCAUACAGUAUGGCAUUCACUUCACUACAGGCCCUUGGCAUCUGCAAGCCUACAGUGAUGCAGACUGGGCUGGAGACUUGAAUGCACGCAGGUCUACCACAGGAUUUGUGAUAUUUCUUGGAAAUAAUCCUAUUUCUUGGCAGUCUAAAAAGCAGGGAUCUGUGUCUAGAAGUUCGACUGAAGCAGAGUAUAGGGCAUUGGCCAAUACAGCUGUAGAUUUAGCUUGGAUUCGACAGGUCUUGUUGGAUUUGAAAGUAUGCUUACCUGAGCCUCCUACAAUUUCAUGUGAUAAUUUGUCUGCUUUGUCUCUUAGUUCUAAUCCUAUAUAUCACUCACGCAUCAAGCACCUCGACAUUGAUUUCCAUUUCGUGCGCGAAAGGGUGCAAAGGAAUGAUCUUACUGUCCAGUAUAUUCCUAUUGAAGAACAACUAGCUGAUGUCUUUACUAAAGGACUGUUUUCUUGA